ACAUCAACGGCUAAACCCCGGGCCGUGCACUAUUUUUUUCCUUUAAGCGUCUGAAACUUCCCUGCGGUGCCCUGCACUGCAUCAGCACGUUUUCACCUUUGUGGCCACAAUACACUUGCAGUACGGAAACAGACUCCCUGGCCGAUCAAGAUGGGAAAACAGGGAAAGGCCACGAAGAAGUUCGAAAAGAAUAAUCUCAAAUCCACGAUAGAGCGGCGGAAGGACUUUGCCAAAAUCAAGCAAAGACAUCAGGUGAAAGAGAAGAAGAGACAGAGAGCGGCGCAACGAACCAAGACCACCGACGAUGAAGCAGACUCAGAUAUCGAAGAUGCGCAGCCCAAGGGCAUUGACAUGAACGAAGACGAAUUCUUUCAGGAGGCACUAGACAUACCAGAUGACGACAGCGAGUUACAGUCGAAGAGCAAGGGCAAGCGUAAGAGGAAUGCCCCUGGUGGAGAUCCGUCAGAAGAGCCGGAACUCGAUGUUGAAGGCUCAGAUGACGACGAUGUGGACCAUAAGGGUCAACUGGCCUCGUUGGCCUCCAAAGAUCCCGAGUUCUACAAGUAUCUGCAAGAAAACGACGCAGAUUUAUUGGACUUCGAUGAAGACAACGACCUGGCCGAAGUUGAUGAUCUCAGCGAUGAGGAGCGCCCGGCGAAGAAACAGAAGACCAAGGGUGCCGAGGACGAUGCCUCAGCCGACGUGACCACGGACAUGGUUCAGAGAUGGAAAACUUCGCUUGCUGAUCAAUUCUCGAUCAGAGCACUGCGUCAAGUCGUGCUAGCGUUCCGGGCAGCUGCUCAUGCGGAUGACGAGGAGGAUAAAGAAUACAAAUACACUAUUGCCAGUCCCGAGGUAUACCAUGAGGUUCUGAUGACGGCCCUGAAGCAGGUGCCUGUCGUGCUGUCACAUCAUCUACCGGUCAAAGAGUCUGCUGGAGGUAAAGUGCGGGUUCCCACAGAUUCGCCAAAGUUCAAGACGCUGGCACCGUUGAUCAAGUCUCACGCUUCGUCGUUGCAUUAUCUGCUGGGGCGUUUGUCAGACACAAAUACCUUAAGGCUAACUCUGCAAUCAUUCGAGCCAUUAUUGCCAUACUUGUUGCAAUUUCGCAAGUUUCUGAAGGUCAUCAUCAAGGCUGUCUCUUCGGUGUGGUCCGACAAUUCUUCAGACGAAGCAACACGGAUCACAGCCUUUCUCGUCAUCCGCCGACUCAUGGUGAUUGGCGAUGCUGGAAUCCGCGAAGCUGUGUUGAAGGCGACCUACGAGGGAGUCGUCAAGGGAAGCCGGAACACUACGGUUCAUACGCUCGCCGGCAUCAACUUGAUGAAGAAUUCGGCUUCAGAGAUCUGGGGCAUAGAUCAAAAGGUCAGCUACACGACCGGCUUUUCGUUCAUUCGCCAGCUCGCUGUCCACCUCCGCGGAAACAUCACGAAGCCGACCAAAGACUCGUAUAAGACGAUCUACAACUGGCAAUUUGUACACUCUCUGGAUUUCUGGUCACGUGUGCUGUCCACUCACUGCAACUCCUUGGUCGAGGCACAAAAUGGCAAGCAGUCACAACUUCGACCCCUGAUCUACCCACUUGUUCAGAUUACCCUCGGUGUUAUGAGGCUGAUCCCUACUUCGACAUAUUUCCCUCUACGAUUCCAGCUUAUGCGAUCUCUGCUGCGUAUCUCUCAGGCCACUGAGACCUACAUUCCGUUGUCAGCAGCUCUCUUGGAGGUAUUAAACUCUGCUGAGAUGAAGAAGCCCGCAAAGGCUGCCACACUAAGGCCGAUAGACUUCGCUUCUAACAUCAGAGCGCCCACUUCCUACCUGAAGACGAAGGUGUAUCAGGAAGGAGUGGGAGAGCAGGUCGUUGAGCUUUUCUCGGAGUUUCUUGUCUUGUGGACCAAGAGCAUUGCAUACCCCGAGCUUCAACUUCCUGCCAUAGUCAUGCUCAAGCGGUGGCUGAAAACGGCGUCGAAGACUACAGGGAAUAGAAAUGGAAAGCUGAAUCAAGCUCUCGUGUUGCUCGUUCAAAAAUCCGAGACAAACGCUAGAUGGAUCGAAGAGAGACGCAACAAGGUCAGCUUCUCGCCAAAGGAUCGUGCAGAAGUGGAAGGCUUUCUGAAAGAUGUCCAGUGGCAGGAUAGUCCGCUUGGAGCCUUUGUGGUGACGCAGAGAAAGUUGAGGGAAGAAAGAAAGAAAGUGCUGGAUCAGGGCCGCAAAGAGCAACAAAGGCACAACGCGGAUCAGGAGGACAAUGACAUUGAGGUCGCAUGAACACUGCGACGAUUGUCCUAAUGCUAUUCAUAAAGAAGCUAUCGGUUUGCGAAGAGUCCUACAAACUGGUUAUGGAGCGCUCCUUUGUGCGACGAGUUGCGAUGUAUUUUCUGAUCAUUAUGGCAAUCGCAUGACCUGCCUUCAACAAAACAGAUAAAGUCUGUCAGCCUCCUUCUGGUC